AUGAUUCAUAGGAGGUCUCAAUGGCAACAACACCUAGAGCGAGAAAACGAGGUCAUAGAUAACGUCUUUGAGGCGCAAAUGCGUGCAAGAAUGAGGCGACAAAGUCUAGAAAAGAAAGUGGAAAUCAAACACGUUCAUGAAGUUGAAACUGAUUGUAUGACGCUCGACUUGGAUAGUGUUCGAUCGAUAGGAACGUGUCACGCGCAUGGUAGAUUAGAUGACAAGGAUAUGCAUACAAGGACCUUAGUACAGCAGCAGUCAAGGGAAUGGCGUCCAGACUCAACUCAAGAAGAUUCUGCCAAUUCUUUGUCGUCCGAUGAGGGUGGAAAGAUACUUCCAAUACCUACAACGAACAAACACAAGAGCAGAUCACGUAACGAUCUCGUGCUAAAGAUGCUUGAGCCAUUGACACAGGAGGCUACAUUUCGACUGGAAAGACUUGGAGGCUUUGAUUUGUCUCGGACAGUACCAAGUUUUGCCUACCGAGUGUUUCGAGAUGACGAAACUAACAACUAUAGUACAAAUGCAACGGAAGGGAGUACGGGAGUGUAUCGACUUCCACGACUGCUGCAUAACUCCAGAGUGAACCAUUUGCGUCGACCGACAUACUGA